AUGCACCUUCCCCAAGCGAUACGCCAUCAUCUCGCCACUCGCAGCAGGUCUCCAGAAGAUGGACAAAGAGCCAAUCGACCAUCACGGCAGGGUUGCCCGUUUGGCUGCUUCGACUGCCUCACUGGGCAGAGGCUGCAUGUUUGGUGCCCCAUGGCCCUUCUAAUCUGCGUCUCAGUGGUGUGUAUUGGCAUGUUCGAGGCCAUGAGGUUGUCGACCCACGUGCUCAGCAAUGACGGACGUGGGCACCUGCACUCUCUGCGACAACCUGAUGCCUUCGACAUGUCAGGCACGGACCUGCUUUCUGAGUCCCUGGCCGCACGAAUCUCUCUCCUUGCGCAGAUACAUCCUAUCACCACUGCUCGGCUGUUUGUGACCUUCAAGCACCGCCACCUGGACGAGAACAUCACAGGCACUGUGUGGUGCGCCAGAACAGCUGCAGCAUGUGGCGGUGAUUUUGCCAUCUACAGGGCUCUUUUGGAUGCUGCUUUGAGUUCUUAUUUCGGUCAUCCCUGCAAAGUGGCCAACGGACAAUGGCACAUCUCUGAGGCAGAGCCCUGCCCAACUGGGGAGUCGAUCAAGCUGGACCCAAAGGAUUUCGCCAAGUGCAAGACGGCCCCUGCGAAGAGCAGCGAGCCCAAGCCUUUCAGUUGCCUGCCAUCAGUCUCGGCUGCAGCCAUGGCGGUCGAGGAAGUGCACCUCAGCUCGCUGGCGUGCGCCGAGCCGUCGGAAGCCGAAGAGGUGGACAGAGGCAGGGAGAGUACAUCUUGCACCCAAAUGUCUGCGGCCAACUCUGCUGCCUGCAGAGUAGAUGCCAUGGAACCUGAGCAGGAGGAGCUGUUCCUGGACGACGAUGCGGAGUCUACACAGAGUCCAAGCGCGACACUUGCGCAAAUCUUGAACAGCGCGCGGCGGUCAACCGAGGACAUGCGCAGUGGCUACGACAGCUUGUCUCUGCCGCCCACGGACACCAUUUGCCAUGGCCAUGUUGGUGGCUCCCCCGAGUUGGCCGAGGGCCCGCUGGCGCCGGCGGAGCUAAUGGAAGUCGGGGUCGAAGAGUUGCAGCCCGCGGAGGACCUCGUGGAUGAGGCAGUGCUGGUCACAGAGAACGACGUCAUCGCGCGUCCGGCUUUUGGGUUGGGACCGUGCUCUCGCUCGAUGCCAGCCGAGAUUGGGCGACAGGACUUUGACUCGAGCUAUGGCUUCGGUUCCAGCACAGAGAGGGAGGCUGAUGACAUUGUCGUGGAAGAUGCGCUUGCAGUGGAGGAGGAGGAGCCGCAUGAUGUGGAGGAUCAGUUCACCGCUCUGGCCCUGGCCACUGAGCACCUGCAGUCCAUCGAGUCUGAACUGCAAUCGCACCGAGAUCUCAUAGCUCGAGAAGCAGAGGCCCGACGACGGCUGGAGGAUGCGCUGCUCGCAGAGCGGCGGAGGGCCGAGGUGGAGGCGCAGGGCCGUCGACGUCUGGAGCAGGAGAUCGAGGCAGAGAAGCAGCGGUUGGAAGACAAUCGACGCAAAAAGCAGGAGGCGGCCGACCUGGCAGUGCGCCUUGAAGAGCAGCGCCGCCUGGAGGAGGAACUCGCCUCUGCGAGAAGGCGUGCGGAGGAGGAAGCGAGGCUCGCAGAAGAAAGAUGCGAGGAGCAGCGUCGACAAGCGGAGAAACGCAGACAGCUCCAGGAAAUGGAGCAGAGGGCACGAGAGUCUGCCGCAGAGGCCAAACGAGAGAGAGAACAGCGGGAGAAGGCGAAGGCCUUCCUGGCUGCAGAAGGCUACCGGCAUGUGCGUGCAGCACACAAGUGGUCGCCUGUGGCCUCCUAUCCACUGCACCGGGCAGUGCAGUGCAAUGAUCCCGAGAUGGUUAGGCUUCCAUGGGCGACAGUCCAAGCCUUGUCUGCUGCUCCUAUGGAUGGGGGCCGAUGCAACGAAGUCAAACACCUUUGGGUGCCAGACCUGGUUGUGUUGCUUGUCCGUUCUGGUGGAGACCUCCGUGCGGCUAGGCAGUUUCUGGACCAGUUUGCGCUGGAUCUGAAGAGCCAGCGCGCCAAGCAGCCACCUGGGGGCCCUGUGCCUUGCACUACGGCAGAUGUGCUUUCACACAUCCAGGAGCAGAUGGAGCACGCGGAUAAGGCCACCUGCUACUACAGCUCUCGUGACGAGCGGGGUGAGGACGUGUGGCUCUCCAUCCCUUCGCCUGGCCUUGUGGACCAUGCCUGGUUUCAGAGCCACCUCGAGUACCCGGUGCUGAUGGCCCUCGGAAGCUUGGUCCUGUUGACUUUGCUUCUCGGCUGUCUGGCCGUGGAGGGGGCCGAGCUGUACUUUUCUGGCAUCGUCUGA